CAAUAAGAAAAUUUAAAGGCGGACACCAUUUCUCAAGACUUUACUGUAAACUCAAAAAUUCAUAUUUACACCGAAUUCAAAUUCAAUUAUAGGGUUAAAUAAAUUCCUAAUCCAAAUUACAAACCUUAAAUUCACUAACAAUGGCAGUGAAAGGAAGACACAUACGAGGUUUAUCUCGAAAAUCAUCAAAUUCCACAUUGGUCUUUGCGGUGUUUAUUGGGUUAUCUUUUCUCGUAUUGAUUCUUCUCGCUUUUGGAAUAUUUUCAAUUCCUUUCACUUCUAAAGGAUCUCAAAAAGCACAUGAUCUUAGCUCAAUUGCUCAUAAUACAGUUGCAAGACGAGAUGAUGAUGGUGGAAAAGGAGAUCAGUGGGCUGAAAUGAUUUCAUGGGAACCAAGAGCUGUCGUCUACCAUAACUUCUUGUCAAAGGAAGAAUGUGAAUAUCUGAUUAAUCUUGGCAAGCCUCAUAUGAAGAAGUCAACCGUUGUUGACAGUGCUACUGGCAAGAGUACAGAUAGCAGGGUUCGAACAAGUUCGGGAACAUUUCUCGCCAGGGGACAAGAUAAAAUAGUCAGGACUAUAGAGAAAAGGAUUGCAGAUUUUACCUUUAUACCAGUAGAGCAUGGUGAAGGUCUUCAAAUUCUCCACUAUGAAGUGGGGCAAAAGUAUGAGCCACACUAUGAUUACUUUGCCGAUGAGUUUAAUACUAUAAAUGGUGGUCAACGCAUUGCUACGGUUUUGAUGUACUUAUCAGAUGUUGAAGAAGGUGGAGAAACUGUAUUUCCUGCUGCCAAGGGAAAUUUUAGUGCGGUUCCUUGGUGGAAUGAGCUAUCUGAAUGUGGAAAAGGUGGACUCUCUGUAAAACCAAAGAUGGGUGAUGCUUUGCUUUUCUGGAGCAUGAAGCCUGAUGCUACUCCUGAUCCUUCAAGCCUGCACGGUGGGUGCCCCGUGAUUAAGGGUAACAAAUGGUCAUCUACGAAAUGGAUGCGUAUUCAUGAAUACAAGGUUUAACCUACCGCAAAAGGUCCACUUGUGAGUUUGGAUGCACUAGCUGUUGUACGAUUUGUAUCAAAAGUGGUUAUAAUCAUAUAGUUUCAGAGGAGCGCAGUUUUAUACUCCGAUGGUACUAUUUCCUUCAAACUUUUUCUGUUCUUCUUCCUUUUUUUUGUUUUCAUAACAUUGGAGCUUACAGAAUUAGUAUUUGUUAGUUUUCAUUGUAUUUUAUCAUAGUUGUAUUAAAUACAGUCGAUUAAACACUGCACAGAGGUUUAUAUAUGAAAUGAGAAUUAUAGCUAUUUAUACAGUA